AUGAACAACUCAACUCAUCACAUAUUAAAACUACUACACUCCCACAUACUCAAACGAUCAUUUACCACUACCAACAGUCAUGCAGCAACAUCCAAACCCCUGCAUGGCAAGGUUCAAGAUCAUAUCAGCAAAAACUACUUGCUGUAUGGUGCAAUGUUUGGAGUAGCUACUAUUCUUGGUAGUUUCCUCUGUAGUCAGAUCAAAGAGUCAGAAGUCAAACUCAGGGCUGAUAUUGGUGAAAUCAAGACUAUGCUGACUCCGUUCAUCGUCAAAGUCAAGAUGAACAAGGAGAGACUUGAUGUUAAAGAAAUCAGACCUUUGUUGAAGUAA